CCAGUUUCCGUAGGGAAGCGCCAGGCUACCACAGCUAUUGUGCGUAGCGCUGUCGCCCUCCUCUUCCCGCUGCCGCUGCCGGGUUGUUGGAGGAAAGCUACGUUUCCUUGCCGCUGGGUUUAACCCUUUAAGCACCAAACCCGACAGCCCGCUGGCUCCCAGGAACGAGUAGGCGGUCUCCGCAGCUGCCGAAUUGUGGGCGACGAGCCCCGAAGACCCGAGGAAGAUAGCCGAAGGGAGUCCGUGUUCUCGGUUGGUCUCGGGCUUGGGGCUCGGCCAGCGUGAAGCAGUGGCAUUGGCUUUAAGAAGGGGGAGGGGAGGCGCGGUCCGCCGCUCGGGGAGCCGGGGAAGGAAGCCGAAGGCUGGCUUGGGAGAGCAGAGAGGCGGCCCCCCGCGCCCGUGCUCUCCCCGCCUCCACCCUGGGCCGCCCAGGACUCAGCGCUGCGCUUCGGGGAGGCGAUGACCAGGGGGCGUGCUGCUCGCUAGGCUGCACCCUGCCGGCGUCAGAAGGCGUUGGUAAGCAUUCCCGGUCACCCGCAGCCACCACCGGACUACGCGCUCCUGCUACACACCAGCGGGCGCUCCCAAGAGUUUCAUUGGAACAGUCCCUCAGCUAUCGUAACCAUGGGGCAUCCCCCGCUGGAGUUCAGCGACUGCUACCUCGACAGCCCCGAUUUCCGCGAGAGGCUCAAGUGUUAUGAACAUGAGCUGGAGAGGACCAAUAAAUUCAUCAAAGACGUGAUCAAAGACGGCAGCGCGCUUAUCAGCGCUAUGAAGAAUUACUCUUCUGCGGUUCAGAAAUUUUCCCAGACACUGCAGUCGUUUCAGUUUGAUUUCAUCGGGGACACUCUGACUGAUGAUGAGAUUAAUAUUGCGGAAUCAUUCAAGGAAUUUGCUGAAUUGCUCAAUGAAGUAGAAAAUGAGAGGAUGAUGAUGGUACAAAAUGCUAGUGACUUGCUGAUCAAACCCCUGGAAACUUUUCGGAAGGAACAAAUAGGUUUCACAAAGGAGAGGAAGAAGAAAUUUGAAAAGGAUGGUGAGAGGUUUUACUCAUUACUGGACCGGCACUUACAUCUGUCAUCCAAAAAGAAAGAGUCUCAGUUGCUAGAGGCAGACCUCCAAGUGGAUAAGGAAAGGCACAAUUUCUUUGAGUCCUCUCUUGAUUAUGUCUAUCAAAUCCAGGAAGUUCAAGAAUCCAAGAAGUUCAAUAUUGUGGAGCCAGUCUUGGCCUUUCUUCACAGCCUCUUCAUUUCCAACAGCUUGACUGUGGAGCUCACACAGGAUUUCCUCCCAUACAAACAGCAGCUGCAGCUCAGUUUACAGAAUACAAGAAAUCAUUUCUCCAGUACCCGAGAAGAGAUGGAAGAACUUAAGAAAAGGAUGAAAGAAGCUCCUCAGACAUGCAAACUUCCGGGACAGCCAACCAUUGAAGGCUAUCUGUACACACAGGAGAAAUGGGCUCUGGGGAUCUCCUGGGUGAAAUACUACUGUCGGUAUGAGAAGGAGACCAGGACACUCACCAUGACACCGAUGGAACAGAAGCCAGGUGCUAAGCAGGGACCCGUGGACUUAACUUUGAAAUACUGCGUGAGAAGGAAGACAGAGUCGAUUGACAAGAGGUUCUGUUUUGAUAUAGAAACUAAUGAGAGACCAGGAACCAUCACUCUGCAGGCACCUUCAGAAGCCAAUAGAAGGCUAUGGAUGGAGGCCAUGGAUGGGAAAGAACCUAUCUACCACAGCCCUAUAACAAAACAGGAAGAAAUGGAGCUGAAUGAAGUGGGGUUCAAGUUCGUUAGGAAGUGCAUCAAUUUUAUUGAGACCAAAGGGAUCAAGACAGAAGGGUUGUACCGAACAGUGGGCAGCAACAUCCAGGUUCAGAAGCUGCUUAAUGCCUUUUUUGAUCCAAAAUGUCCAGGAGAUGUCGAUUUUCACAAUAGUGACUGGGACAUUAAGACAAUCACAAGCUCCUUAAAAUUCUACCUCAGGAAUCUUUCAGAACCUGUCAUGACUUAUAAGCUUCACAAAGAGCUCGUCUCUGCUGCCAAAUCUGAUAACCUGGAUUACCGUCUGGGAGCUAUUCACUCCCUAGUAUAUAAGCUACCAGAAAAGAACCGGGAGAUGCUGGAACUUUUAAUCAGACACUUGGUAAAUGUGUGUGAGCACAGCAAAGAGAAUCUUAUGACACCUUCCAAUAUGGGGGUGAUCUUUGGGCCCACCCUGAUGAGAGCUCAAGAGGACACUGUGGCUGCUAUGAUGAACAUCAAAUUCCAGAACAUUGUGGUAGAAAUCCUGAUUGAACACUUUGGCAAGAUAUAUUUAGGUCCACCUGAGGACAGCCAAGUACCUCCAGUGCCUCCACCUCGAGUGACAGCAAGAAGGCACAAACCAAUCACAAUCUCGAAGCGUUUGCUGAGAGAAAAGACAGUGUUCUACACUUCUUCCCUGGAUGAAAGUGAAGAUGAAACUCAUCAAACUCCUAAUGGUACAAUCACUAGCAACCUGGAUCCCCCCAAGCUACCGCAGCACCUCAGACUACCCAUUCAGAAAAGUGGGGAAACUGAUCCUGGAAGAAAGUCCCCAAACAGACCUGUUUCUGACUGCCAGUCCGAGCCUGGCCCAGAGGUGGAUGUGGGGAAGCUGGUAUUUAGGUUGCAGGAUGGAGGGACCAAGACUACUGCAAAGGCCACUAAUGGACCUGUGCCAGGCUCUGGACCCACAAAGACGCCUUCUUUCCAUAUAAAGAGACCAGCUCCCCGGCCAGUGGCUCACCACAAGGAAGGAGAUACUGACUGUUUCAGCAAAGUUCGGCCCCCAGGAGAAAAGCAAACAAUCAUCCGUCCUCCAGUGAGGCCCCCAGACCCUCCUUGUCGGGCCAGUACUUCACAAAAGCCAGAACCAAAGCCAGAUACUGUGGCUGGCAAUGCAGGGGAAAUCCCAUCAUCUGUGGUGGCAUCCAGGACCAGAUUCUUUGAAACAGCAUCCCGGAAAACUGGAAGUUCUCAAGGAAAACUUCCUGGAGAUGAGAGCUGAAGCCACAGGUUUGAAAGGACUUGGCCUUGAGGGACCCUUUCCAGGUUGUGAAAGGGCCCACUUCAAACCCUUGUGAGCUAUUUGGUGCUGAAGAGCAGUUCAUUUCUGGCCCUUGUGCCUUCAGUGUCUGGGAAGCUAUAAAUAAGGAGCACAUGUCUUAGACACGUGUUUGCUUCUCCUUUGUAUUCUGUCUUCAUCUCCCCAGAAUGUCUGUUGUGAGCAGCUCCUAGGAUACUGGAUGGCUGGAUUCUCUCAAGCUCCAAACUCUACUGAAGUGAAAAUACCCACUGACCUGUAUUGAAGAGGGAAACCUAGUUUUCCACUCUUCUCUGAACUUACUGCUUCCUCAAAGGUCAUUGGACUCUGAAUGAUUCAGGGCUAAAGCCUGAUUGAUGUUAGGGGUCUCACCCUGAUCUAAAGGCCGCUUGAGUUGGGGCCAUUGUUUACCUUAUUUGGAAGGGAGUAGGGAUGUUAGCUGAAUAUUGGAAAUUGUGUCAUGUCUCUUUCUGAAGAUAUGGACACUGACUAGUACCAGAUUGGUACCCUGGUACCAUGACAUGUUAAUGAAAUCCAUUUGGGCCAGACUGCAUGAAUGAUUCCCACACAGUGGCCUUCCUCAGGAUGGCCUUAGGAAGGUAGCCUUUCUGCUUUUGCCUCCAGCCUCUGAGAACAAAUCUGCUAAGCAUGUUUUGCAUGUCAAAGCCUAGGCCUGUCUGGAUUUCCCUUUUUCCUACUUUCACCCAAUAGCUUCCUUUUCAGCAAUCAACAAAUAAAACAGAAAAUGUUUCUGUAAAAAGGGUCAAAUGUUAGGAAAAAUU